UUAUGCAAAACAUCAGACAUAAAGUUGUCGGAUGAGACCAAUAAGUUCAUGGUGUAUCAAACUCUAAAGAAACUUGGUCCACACACUGCACAGAAGUUGAUUGGAAAAUUGGUCGACAAUGGUGACAUCAAGUGGGACAAUGAUGAAGACUUUGAAGUUGAAACAAUAGUUGACCACUAUUCGGAUGAAGAUGGGAACAAAUUCUACCGUAUCAAGUGGCGAGGAUGGAGCAGCUCCCAUAACACGUGGGAACCCGAGGAUAACCUCAACUGCCCUGUUAUUGUACAAGAAUACAAUGAUAACUUGAAGGGAAGAGGUAUCAAGCGCAAGUUGAACCAGUUGGAGGACACGGACACGCGAAAGGCACGCUUGGAUGAAUUAUUUCAGAAGCUUUUACGUUUCGCUGGGGACAUCUCCCCAUUGAUGUUCCUACGUGUGAAGCCCUCAGAAAUUGGCAUGCAGUGUGUGCAGAAGAUCAUAAACGAAGGAUUGGUGAAGUCACUGAAUGGAAAACAAGGGAAGAGACCUGUUCUCAAAAAGUUAAAACGUGCUCCCAAUUAUGCAAACAAGAACACUAAAGCAUAUAAAAGCGCCAAGUCGGACGUCCUGAAAGCAUUAAAAAUGUGGGAAGAUAAAAUCAAUGAUAUCAACACAGACCCAGCAAAAAUAUCUAUCAUCAAUGAUGUUGACUUGGAGGGACCCCCUGCCCAUUUCACCUUCAUCAGCGACUAUAUCGAAGGUGAAGGAAUAACAAUACCACAGGACCCACUCGUUGGUUGUGAAUGCAAUGACUGCUUAUUUGAUAGAAAACAAUGUUGUCCAGCAAAUAUGGGCACUGAAUUCCCCUAUUACCGACACAAACGAGUCCGAGUACCACCAGGUACACCUAUAUACGAGUGCAACAAACGAUGCAGAUGUGGAGUUGAUUGUCCUAAUCGGGUCGUGCAACUUGGUCGGAAAUUCAAGGUUGCUAUCUUCAGGACGGAAAAUCGAGGUUGGGGAGUAAAGGCCCUUCAGAAAAUCAAAAAGGGGACAUUUGUCAUGGAGUACGUGGGAGAGGUUAUCACGAGUGAAGAGGCAGAGGGUCGGGGACAUAUCUAUGAUGCUGAGGGUAUGACCUAUCUCUUUGAUCUAGACUUCAAUGAUGGCGACAACCCAUUUACUGUUGAUGCCAGGAACUAUGGCAAUGUCUCGCACUUUGUAAACCACUCGUGUGAGCCCAACAUGGCAGUUUACGGAGUAUGGAUCAACACCCUGGACCCCUCCUUACCAAGAAUAGCACUGUUCUCGACGAGGGACAUCCUCAAAGGGGAAGAACUUACCUUUGAUUACAUGAUGAAAAUUGAUGCACAUAAUAAGAGCAUGAACCAAUCAUUGGGAACGUUAGAAGACAAUGGUGAUGCUACUGAAUCAGAAGUUGAUUCAAAGAUGGAUGAUACGGAGAGUGAAGCUUCGUUCGUCAACCAUAAAUUGCCAAAUUUUGCUGAUGUUGUGAUGACGGAAUCCAACCUGCCUUGUCAGCAUUUGGAUGGAGGAGCACCUCCGAAAUCACCCAAAAAGCAGUACUCGCCUAUCAAGCGCUGUUCACCAAGGAAAUUCGGGGUAGAACUCCUUCAAAUGCCGAAUUCGCCCAGCAAGCGAUGUUCACCACGAAAAACCCACCAGCCAAUGAUCAAGCCACAUACACCCAAAAGUAGUCCAGUGGAGGUCGAAUCAGAAAUUUCUCGACUUCUUCGAGAACCAUCAAAAAUGUUUGCGUCAUCAACACAUUCACUUGCCAGUUCACCAACAAAAGGUGAAUUCACUCUUCCCAAUCCCUUGCCGCCAUCUCCUCUGAAGUCCUCCCUUGCUGAUGACGUCCUGCUUCCUCUCAGGCAGACGUGUGAUGAUUCUGCGUCGACUGUAUCCUCUAUUAUGUCCAAGGCCAGUUCUGAUGUUUCAUACGGACAAUAUGCUCCGGGUUCGAAGGCUGCCCCGACAAAGAAACACCGCCUUGUCUGUCAAUGUGGGGCCGAAAAAUGUCGUGGUUUCUUGUUCUGAGGCUUGAUUUCUUCAGAUACCUGUAUAAAUCAAUAGAUUCAUAAAGAAUACAGAAGUAUUUAAAUCAUGUUCAUAGAAUUAUUAGUUCCAGUUGGUGCUUGGUAAUAUGGACCAAUCCUGUUGAAGUGUUGUUUGUAUUUUUAUCUGGGAAAACCCUUCCCACCACCAGUUAGGCUACCAUUUUCUGUUUGGUUCUCGUCAGUAAAACUGCUUAUCUUACAACACUUCAUUGAGACAUGCAUACUUGAAGCUAUUGUGAGCCAGUGUUAGGUUGACUGAAGGAGAAUAAUUCUGUCCGUUAUAUAGCAUGUUUUUACAGGUAGCAAUAUGAUAUUAGUCUUGUCUCUAGUAUUUUCAGUAUGGCAGCCAACGCAUUUUUGAAAGAGGCAGCACUGGGGACAUCUAAUGUGUUCAAUUUAUUAUUUGCAAUUUAUUUUGCUUGCAUGCUAAUGUAAUUUAUUGGGUAAAUUUUUACUCAAUGAAAUGCCUUUGUAAAAAUUUAUUUAUGUCAACAUUGGAUUCAAACACAUUCAGUACUACUGAGACACUGACCCUUUGUCAGUACUUGAUGUCUUGUGCAUCUUGAUGCUUAUGUACCAAUGUGAUGAUCACAGUAUAUACAAAAUGUAAGGUAAUCCCCUGAACUGUCUGCACUGUAGCUUCCCAGAUCAGUUUGGGUUCUGCCUUAUAUAUACAUGUCUGUGAAAUAUUUGCUCGUAUGUAAGUUGAAUCUCAGUUUUUGUCACUGUGCAUAUUUCAGACAUGGAAUUCCAAGUCUAUUCAUGAAAAAAUGGGACUUGUAACUACCUGUAUUAAAGGAAGCGUGUCUCGAGAAAGUGCCGGGCCGGUGCUUAUAAUUGUACAGGAAUGCAGUAAACUUAUAGAACAAAGCCAGCAUUAUCACAAGACACACCUCCUUUAAGAGAGUGGCAAGAUCAUCUCAUUUAAAGGCUACUGGUUCAAGGAGAAGCUCGGGUGUUUUCCGAAUGGUCACAAUUUUAUUUCUAUUAAUAAAUUUGAUUGAAGAAUUAUGUCUUAAUUCAUUGUAAAUAUUUUUAACUAUUAUUCUCUGUUGGUUGAUAUCUAUUUGUAAUUUUAUGUGCCAUUGUGGCACUUCUGAAAGAGCAUUUCUUAUUGAUAGUCUUUGCAGCCAAAUGUGCUCUCAUGAAAGUGUUUUGUGAGUUUCGGUAUUGCUCCAGAACUGAUGCGGAAACUCACAAUUGGAAAAUAGUUGAGGUUAUUGAACUUGACCACGCAGAAAAUAUGCUUUUGAAUACACAUGACCAAUUUGAUAGGAUUUGUUUCAAUACCAUCACUUCUGGCCUACAUGUAACUGAUCCUUGUGGAUCUUUGCAAAUCAUGUGUACCAUAUCCUACAGUGAUCCCAUAAUCUGAACUCCAUCAGUGGUUGAAACUUCAUUUUUGUAGCCAACUCGAUAUUGAAUACAAAAUGUCUCAACAGGAAAAUCACUAAGUUAUGUGAAGGAAGUUUCAGUAAAUAUCUUGCAAAUUGUUUUAAGUGAAACCUCGAGUGCAAUAUUUGCUAAGAAUGCCUACCUCAUCGUUGGUUGUGGUUCGGUUGUGCUCUUCAUGUUUUGUAAAAAAAACUAAAUAUCCUGUGUGAUACAAUGUACGUAUGUCUAAAUAAUCAUAGAAAUUUAUCAUGCCAAGCAUUUCAUAUGAGCUGAAAGAUAUUCUUGGCCUAAUAAACACUAUAUAACUUUGGAGGACCGAUUUCAGGAGAUGUCACAAUUGAUUUGUAUGCAAUUAUGAACUUGUACCCAUGUACUCAUCGU